CAACACUCCAACGUGCAUCGCGAACUGCUAGACAGGGGCGCGUCGCGGGUCCGCAUACGACGUCAAGAACCCUCCAGACCUGCCCGCCGAUCUACAAUCGAUACUGGCUUCAAGAUGAAGUUCUCCGCCGCCCUCCUGCCUCUACUGGCAGCUCCCUUCGUCGCCAGCGAACACACAUCCAACUGGGCCGUCCUCGUCUCGACAUCACGCUUCUGGUUCAACUACCGCCACCUCGCCAAUGUACUCUCAUUAUACCGCACCGUCAAGCGUCUCGGGAUCCCCGAUUCGCAAAUCAUCCUCAUGCUGCCUGAUGACAUGGCAUGCAACCCGCGCAACGCCUUCCCCGGAACCGUCUACAACAACGCAGACCGAGCCCUAGAUCUUUACGGCGACAACAUCGAGGUGGACUACCGAGGAUACGAAGUCACAGUCGAGAACUUUAUCCGAUUGAUGACAGACAGGGUUGGCGAGGACAUGCCACGCAGCAAGAGGUUAAUGACGGACGAACGGAGCAACAUCCUCGUAUACAUGACAGGCCACGGCGGAAACGAAUUCCUCAAGUUCCAAGAUGCAGAGGAAAUCAGCGCAUUCGAUCUCGCCGAUGCGUUUGGUCAGAUGUGGGAGAAGAAACGCUACCACGAAAUCCUCUUCAUGAUAGACACUUGCCAAGCCAACACCAUGUACUCCAAAUUCUACACCCCCAACAUCCUCGCCACGGGCUCCUCCGAAAUCGAUCAAUCCUCCUACUCCCACCACGCCGACAACGACGUCGGCGUCGCCGUCAUCGACCGUUACACAUACUACAACCUCGAGUUUUUAGAGAACCAAGUCAAAGACCCCACCAGUAAAUUGACAAUGGGCGAUCUGUUCGAUAGUUAUGAUGAGGAGAAGAUACACAGCCACCCCGGUAUACGAUAUGAUCUUUUUGAGGGAGGCGAGCAGGCGGCGAGGGAGAGGAGGGUCAUGGAUUUCUUUGGGAAUGUGCAGAAUGUGGAGGUUGAGGGAAGGAAUGAAACGGGGUGGGUUAGGGAGGCGGGGAUGAAGGUUAAGCUAGCGAAGUCGCAGGAUCAGAGUGUGGGGAAUAUGAGUUUGGAAGAGGUACCGCAUAAAGCGCGUACAGAGGGUGCUUGGAAAGUGGAUGAGGAGCAAGGGUGUACGAAACAGGCGUAUGGGGCUGCGGCGUUGGCGGGCUGUGCAGGUAUCUGGCUUGCUGGCAGUUGGAUUGAGUCUAUGUGACGCCCCGUAGAGACCUGUUUAUUUCAAUAUUCUGAUGUUAUGAUACCCAAUAUCACAAGAGCUUCAUAUUUUCAGUCAUGUUACUGGCUGCUAUUGAUUUAUCUGGCUAUAGUCGCAAGGUUGGAGGUAAUGUCUGUAUUCUUACUGCGCACUUAUCAAAAGCAUGAACAUACAGCCAUG